AUGGCAACACCCAUAAUCCUCUGUGGCAAAUUCGAGCAAGUCGGCCAAGUCGUCAAGAAUACGAUCCAGCCCGAAUUCGAGGUCGUCCACUUCAUCUCCUCCCCCGAGUCAGGCCAAACCACUAUCCCGCUCCUCGUAAAAGGCGAAGCCCCCACCAACUCAAGCGACAACAUCGGAUCGCGAAAUUACGCCGUGGCAUCCAAGGCCGUCGUUGUGGGCGCCAUGUACGACGACGCCUGGGUCGAGAACCUGGCCAAGGAGGUCGACGUACCUGUGCUGCGGCCCGAGAGGCUCGUGGGGAACCCGACGGGACCGCCUGAUGCCGCCGCCGUGCAAGCCGUGGCGAAGCGGGUGAAGGAGGGUUUGCAGAAGUUGGUGGAUGAGGGCAAAUUGGGACAGGCGGGGGUAUUUUGGUAUUGA